AGUUCGAAACUGAAGCUUAACCGCGUUGGACGUCGUUCAACACCUUCUCUCGCGUAGGUCAUCCACCAGGAACGGGCGAACCUCGGUUUUAUUUCAUUUCGUUUGUCAUGCAGACUACGUAAAAAGACCUUUGGCUCUUUGGAAUCCGGGUAUAUAAUUCUUCGAUCUCGUGACUGUGAAUGUAUGCGGGCAUUUAGGAGCUUUUUUUUUUGGGUUUUCACUUCAAGAUUCAGCGGAGUGACACUGUGGAAGGAAAUUACGUUUUUUACUUCGAUUCGACAGGAAGUUUCGGAUUGGAUCCGCGUCCGAUUGUGCAAGAUCGUAAUAACAGUGUUCAGGGGGGAUACUCCCUCAACCUUGACGAAGCUGUGUGAUUGUUUGCGAAAAGAAUGAGCAAGAAGAUCGCGCCUUUGCUUUUGAAAGGGUGCUCGUAACGGUGAUCGUGUGAGUGUGUAGUAGCGUGAUAAAGAAAAACAGCCAACUUCAAAGCAUACUCAGAAAAAGUCUCGUGUAUUUAGGCUCGUGCAUCAAUCAUCAAGCAAGAAUAGUGCAUUAUAAUUGAAACAAAUAGUGUAAGGUGAACGAUCAAGCAGGGUAGAAAAUCAAAUAAGAAGAUCAACAUCAGUGUGCCCGUUUGAAGUGAUUGCAAAACAACUGUGCUACACCACCCUAGAAGAGGAUUGUCUAUUAGUUCUGUUAGUUCAACAUCAGUUCAGUAGCAGCAGUGACAGAAGCAUGGGAACGAAGAUAGAAUACGUCGACUCGAGCCACAUGUACGCGACAAACUACAUCAGAAACUCGAAGGCGAUCGCAGUGCUGUGGGCAAUUUUUAGCAUUUGCUACGCGAUCAUCAGUGUUGUGGCGUUUGUCACACCCGAAUGGGUCGGCGAUUCGGACUCGGACGCCGGUGGUCGGCUCGGCUUGUGGCAAAUUUGCCAGAAAGAUGACCUCAACGACAGCUGCAGCGGCAAACUCGAAGACCUACUGGCGAUGCAGUCCAUAGCUUUCCAGGUGGCCACAGUGUUCUGCGGUUUGGCCGUUGCCACAUCGGUCUUAGCGAUCUGCUGUCUGCUGUUGAUGGUGUUUAUGAAAUCGACCACCGUUUUUCACAUCUGCGGUUGGAUGCAAAUGCUUUCCGCCCUCUGCAUGGUGAUUGCUUGCGUAUCAUUCCCCUUCGGUUGGAACUCGGACGAGUUCCGCAAGGUUUGCGGCCCGGAGUCAAACCGGUUCGAAGUUGGUCUGUGCGGGUUACGGUGGGCUUAUCCAUUGGCCAUCAUAGCUUGCAUCGAUGGAUUCAUCUUGGCCACUCUCUCGUUUAUCCUGGCGACACGCCACGUUCGGUUGCAACCGGAGCCCCAGUAUCAGAGCAGCAUGUACAAAGGUGAAAUCAACAACGCCUACGUUACAGAUGCCGUUAGUAUUGCCGGUUCGCGCAAGUCGUUGAACUUGCAACCGGUCCUGUUGGUAGCACCACCCCAUCACCACAUGAUGACCGGUAACGAUACGCUAUCGAGUCGGACAGCCAGCCGUUACGGAGGACCCCGCCCGGACUAUCACAGCUCGCUGCAUCAGUUUCAGCUGUAGUAGGCGGACGAACGACUCGCCGUUGCUCUGGUGACGAAUCCAGGCGUAUGCUGUAUAGAAAAAACUCGGUAGGUUCGUAGAAUGGUUGCGGAACUUUUCCUCGUGCAUUGGAAAAUUCAAAUCGAAAGAGAAUUUUACAACUCGAAAGUAAGGGGUGGAAUGUAACAUCUGUAACGCAACUGACGUUAGCAUUCAACAAAGAUGAAACGAUGUAACGUUCAGCAAAGAUAUAACGUUUCCAUUCGUAACACUCUUUCCAUUUGACUGAGAAGCGUUAGCAUGAAUUGCAAGCAACAACUUGCAUGCAAUUUUGAUCAACAAUUUUCAUACACCCUAGGAGGAGGCAGUGUUCGCAGAUGGUAACAAAUUAUUGCAUUUUAAUUUAUUUGUAAUUCGAAAUAUUUACAUUCUCCUUCUGGAUUUUAUUUUCAUCCAGAGGUUAAUAAUUUUUCAAACGCACAGAAAACAUUAAAAAUACUCGUUUGAGAUGGUGUGCGAAACGAACUGCAUAGUAUUUCUACUCCUAUGAAUUGUUAUCUAGCAUUUUAUUUUAGUUUAGGUAUUUUAGCGUGAAAUAUACGAAAUUUUAAUUUUAA